AUGCCGGAUGAAAGCAAAGAUUGCAAGUCAAAGGCGUCCGGAUCGGAUGGUGAGAAGAAGCUGAAACCGUGCUGUGCUUGUCCUGAGACUAAGAAGGCCCGAGACCACUGCAUAAUCGAACAUGGCGAGGAGCACUGUGGAGAAUUGAUAGAGGCACACAAGAAAUGUAUGCGAGAUGCUGGCUUCGACUUUCACUGGCGAAUAUCAUUUUAUUUUUACUCUUCCAAAGGAUUGCCCGUAAAUAUGCCUCACCUGCUGAUCGCUGACUGUAAUGAAGCUCAUUUGCUUCAUCAAGAAAUCAUUCGGCUUGAUACAAUGGCGAAACAGACUAUCGAUGACAUUAUGACAAACGUGAAAGAUGAGCGAAGACUACAUGAAGAAACGCGUGAGGCCAAAGAACUUUUGGCGACAUUAGGAAGCAAGAUAGACAUGCUGAAAGCUCUCGCAUCAAAAUUAGCUUCUCGGAGAGAACAAUUGAAUGCUCGAGAAAACAGCGAACGUCAUAGUAAAGAGUUGAUCGAAAAUCAGCAACAACUCAGGUCUGCCACUAUCAGAGCGAGGAAGGCCAUAAAUGAAUCGGCGCGUUCUUCAUUACUCGAAGGAGGCUCAUCAGAGUCGAAUGCCAAGAAAUUUAACAUAGAUGAGAAAAAUCUCAAGGAUAAUGCUGUUAAGACUACGGAACGCUUGUCGGAUCUGUUAUCUAAGAUGGGUGAUCGAGUAGCACAGAGCGAACAAACGAUGGACAGCUUGAUUCAUUCAAGUUCUGUUCUCGUUCAAACUCAUACAGAAUUUGAAAGCCAUGCCGGACAUAUAAAGACUGGUAACAAGCUGUUAUCAAAAUACGAAAGAAGGGAACUCACUGAUAAGAUACUUGUUGCAAUUGCUUUGAUAUUUUAUCUUGCCGUCAUAUAUUAUGUGUUACAAAAGAGAGCUGCUAAACGUAUGGUCACCCGUGUGGAAGGAAUUCUCGAGGCUACAGAUGACUCUGGCAGGAGCACUCCUCACUUUGCAGCGGUUGGAGGCUGUCUACCAAUUCUGCAGUUAUCCAUCUCACAGGAUAAGUCUGCUGCCAACCGUACUGAUGAGAUGGGCUGGACUCCAUUGAUGAUUGCGGCAUCAGCUGGACGAGUCGAAAUUGUACGAUAUUUACUGUCUCUGACACAGGUGGAUGUAAAUCACAGGAAUGUGAAUCGUCAAACCGCGUUGCAUUAUGCGGCCAGUAAGAAUCACAGAGAGAUUGCUCAUUUGCUUCUUGAGGCAGGAGCAGACGUGAACGCUUCAGAUAAGUAUGGUGCGACACCUCUUCACCGUGCUGCUAGCCAGGGACACGACAAGAUCGUGCACAUGCUUCUUGCUCGUCCAAAAAUACACGUUGAUGCCAGAAAUUCUGAGGGAAACACACCACUGUUCGUUGCAUGUGAGGAGGGUCGAGAAGAUGCGGCGAUUGCUUUGGUGCGCAAGGGAGCCGACUUAAAAGUGAAAAAUAAGGAAGAAAAAUGUCCUUUGGACGUGAUUCAAACGAGUGAUAUGCUGAUAAAGCUGCGUAAUGCUGAGAAAGCAGCAGUCAGGCAAAUGCAGCCUGUGAUCUCUUUUACCCGGUGUCUUCGCUAA